GUAAAAUUUGUUGUCGAAGCGUGCGGUCGGUUCGUCGGUUGUGCGGUCUACGAUGUUUUUAAAAGAAAAGUGAUGAUAUCAAUAUAUAUAUUGUUGAUACACAAUAAUAUGUGUCUAUACACAUAAUUAGCGCGAGCAACAACAACAAAACAAAUAUACAGACUGAAGAAAAACUUAGAAACGCGUUUUUUUAACAUUUUGUAAUUUGUUUAUAUAUUAACGCACAACAAAAUCGAAUUGGACUAAAACUGCAACAGUUAUCAACAUCAGCAGCAAAGCCAACAAUAACAACAACAACCGCUAGCCGAUUUUGAUAUUUGCAUGGCUUAGCAUUCACUUCUAACAACGCCUUUUUAUGAACCCAACGAAUACUUCAAGAAACCUCCUGCCCCACAAACUCGGCUGAACAAGAAUUUUGAAAAGAAAUUAAAUAAUUGACAAUAACAUCAUUAGCACAAAUCGCUAAUGAAACUUGACACCUCCAACAACAGGAACAGCAACAACAGCAACAACUACAUAAACUGCAACCCAAAGUUGAUGGCCCUCUGUGUGUGGGUGGCAACAAAUUAGAGAGCUGUAUCGCUUUUAUUGAUAUCGACUCCGAAUCUUAUUGAUGAUGAUGAUGUUCAUAGUGACGAUGACGAUGUUGUUGUUGACCGAUUGACCAGCACCAUCAGCAGAAAAAAAAACAACAGAGGCGUACGACAGUCGAGCUGCCAUGUGAAGCGACAGAGAGACUACACAUUGAAACAAGAACAAAACAUAUCGAGUGUGAAAGAGUAGCUGACAAGCAGAAAGAGAGAGCGAGAGAGAGAGAGAGAGAGAGAGAGAGAGAGAGUGAUAGAAUUAGCAAAUAUCCAGAGACAAAAUAUCACAUCAUGGAGUCCGAGUCCAUGGAACAGGAUGUUAUGCUGGACGGCAACGAAGAUCUGAUGUCUACAUCAAACACAUCAUCCACAAAUGGCGCUGGCAGCGACACAAAUGGUUGCUCCAAGAAAACGUCCAUAACAUCGCCCGAUCCAACAUCGUAUGUGGCAAAGGCGCGUGUCACGCGUCCCACGCCCCCGCCGCCCUCAAAGAAUCCCAUGCAAUUUGUGCAGAUCAAACCGUGUAACUUAUAUCAAACCGCACAGCAGCAGCUCAAAAAGGCCGAGGAGGUCAAAAAACUGAAGGAGGUGAAGAAGGAGGAGCCCGAAGAGUGGCAAAAUAACCUUGACAAUUGGAAAUCAUCACGACGAAAACGUGUCGAACACAUCAUCGAUCGUGUGGUUGAAACGAAGAAGCUCGAACUUGAGGAACAUGAUCGCACGCGACGAAAAUCGAAAACAUUUACCGAAAUGAUGGAAGAGAGAGCUGAACGCGGUGGUUCGCGAGGACGAGUCAAAUUGGCAACCCUAGCUGUUUAUAACGAGGAUGAGGCCAACGAUUUCAGCGACUUGGGCAUUGGCACCAGCAGCGCCAGCGGAAAGAGCAGUUUAUCGGAGGAUUAUGACAACAAUAGUGUUAUGAGCGACAAUCCGAUUGAACUGGAGAAAUCCGCUGGCACAGCUGUGGGUGACAGCACAGAGCAGCAGCAGAACCACAUGAAUAGGAACCGCAUUGGGAAUGGAAAUGCAAUUCAGGCGAGCACAUCGAAUGCCAGUAAGUUGCAUGCAACCAGCGGACAAACGGCAGCGGGAGUCGGAGUGGGAGUGGCAGCUACUACGCGGGAAUACAUCUCAUCGCCUGGCUACGAUACCUCGUCGAGCACAGCAGCGGCCAGUUCGCCGGAUCCUUGCGAGUACACCUACGAGGGCGCCAUUCAGGACUAUAAGCAGCGGGUGCAACGUGCCAGCAGCAAUGGCAAGAUCAAUGGCAACAGUAAUGCAGCUGCUAAUGGUGAGAUCAUAGGGUAUCCCACACGUCGGGGCAGCAAGAUUGAGGAUCGCUUGAGUGGCUUUGAGGUGACAUCGCCCAGUGACACACAGGAGGGAGCGGAGAAGCAGAAGGUGGAUGUGCCCAAGGUGGAUAUAUCGAAGCGUAAGGAGAUCUUCGAGCAGCGCGAUCCAGAGCCAAAGCCAAUGCUAUCCAAUGGUGGUGCAGCAGCACCACCUAAAUUGGUGCUGCGCGAGCGUCUAACCAAUGGCAAUGGCAUUGCCACCGGUGGUGGUGUCGCUGGUGGUGCUGUGAUCGAGCCCACAGCCAAGCAGGAGGUGAAGCGUCUGUCGGGCGAUCUGACCAGCAUAAGGGAUCGCAUGCAGAGUCUGGAGCAGCAGCGGAAUGCCUUCAACUCCAGCAAGAGUGUGGAUGUGCCAGUGCCGCCGUUGAAGCAACGUCUAAAUAGCUUGCAACAUGCCGUUACCAAAGAGGAGCAACAAAAGAAGCCGUCGCUUGUGGCGCUCAUCGAUGCGAGGCAGCUGGAAAUAAUGCGUGGCGAGGAGCAACGCAUGCGACAGCAACAACAACAGCAACGGGAGCAACAACAACUGAAGGUGACGCCACCAGCAUUGAUUGUGGAGGAAGCGGCAACGCAUGAUGACAGCGGCAUACAGGCGGAUAACCAGGAGGAGUUGCAACAGCAACAACAGCUAAACGAGGCCAUUGCUGCAUUGGCGCUUGAGGAGCGUCAACUGGAGGAGGCGGCCAAUGCGGUUAAUCAAAUUGAGGCCGAGUUUGAUGAGCUGACUGAUUUGCAGCCAGCAGCGUUGCCAAAACCAGCAACAGCAGCCACCCAAGUAACAGUUGCAGCUGCAGCACCAGCAACACCAGCAACAACAACACAGGCAGCGCCUUCAGCAGCAGCAGCAGGCAGAGACAUGGAAUUUAGUAUCAACGAAGCUCUUGAUUUGGCGCUGGAAGCUAUUGACCGGGAGUCCAGCAGUAAGCAGGAAAAAGAAGAGCAGGAGGAGGAGGAGGCGGAAGAGAUGGAAGAGAAGCAACAACAGAUAAAUGAAAAUAAAGUAAAUAUGGAGAAAGAGGUGAAAGAGAAGGAGGCGGAGACGGAGACGGAGCUGAGAAUUGCAGCAAUGCCAAAUAAAACCGAUGAACAAAAGAAAAUGGAGGAGGAAGAGGAACAAGUGGAACAACAAAAGGAACUAGUACAGGCUACAGUUACAGAUAGAAAGGAGCCCAUCUAUGAGAAUGUCAGCUCGACUAUAUCUAUGCAACAAGUAGAUAAUGAACAGACAGCGAUGACAACGAUGAUCAUUAGGAGAAGCCACAGAAGAAGCAUUCCAAAUAAAAGCAACAAUAACAGUAACAAUAAUAAUAAUAAUAACGAGCAUAAUCAAACUAACAAUAACAAUAACAACAAUAACAAUCAAAAUGAUACAAUAACAUCAACAACGACAACGACAAUUCAAGCAACAACAACAACAACAACUAAUCCUGACUUGGAACCAUACUAUCAAGUGCCCAAAUCAACGGAACCAUAUUACGAUGCACCCAAACAUCUGCGUCCCAUUCCCGUUUAUGAGAACAUUGAUAUUUUCUACACGGGACUGGAAAUGGGUCACAAUAGUAUCACGAAUCUUGUGUCCGCCCUGGAGCCGCCCAAAGAGAAGCCACCACCACCGCCCAUUGAGACGAGUGCAACGGAGGGGUGUGUACACACUGAUGAUGAUGAGCUGGAUGCAGGCACCUGGUCAUCGGAUAAUACCUACGAGACCAUUUCCAGUAAUACGCGCCGACAGCUGCAGAGUCAGGGGCAAAGUCAGGGGCAGGGGCAGGGGCAGGUCACGCCCAUUGCGCAACCAUCGCCGCCCAUCAAACGCAUGAACUCGACGAAGCGCAUCAAAAAGGAGCUGCGGAAUAAGCGAUCCAGUUUCCUGGGCAUCGAAACGGACGCUGAUCUGGAUGAUGUGGACAGUUAUCUGGAAUUGACCGUUGCACCACCGCCAGAUAUGGCACAAUUGUUGCAGGAGGAGCGACGACUUGAGAAGCAACUGUACAUCAAGGCGGGUCUCUGCGACAGUUCAGAUACAGGUGAAAGCCGCGACUCGGGCGUCUCGGAGAAUCAUUCGCGGCAGAGCAGCGAGCACUAUACGAACUCCUCGGAGGAGAACGACACUCCGUCAGAGGCAACGCCCCCACCAAUGCCCCCGCCGCCAACGCAAACGAUAGCGAUGGCACCGUCGCAACUCAGCGAAGUAAUCUAUCAGAAUGAAAAGUUACUGGCGGCACAGACGCCACUGCUGCAGACGGUGAAGGGCAACUCGGCGGAGUCUUGGACGGAGUCGGCAACAGCAGCAGCCGCUGCAACGCAAUCGCUGAGCGAGGCAACUGCGACGGCCAAUGCGAAGAUGUUGUCCAUUGAGGAGAAGAUACGUGAACAGGGCGAAGUGUUGCGCGUGGAGCGCGAAUUGUUGCAGUUUUCGCAGGAGGAGCUAAAGCGACAGCGUGAGAAUCUGUUGCUGCGUGAGAAUCUGGCGCGUCGGGAGCUGCAACAUGGGGCAAAGAUGCUCAUGUCGAACAAUCGACGUUCGCUGCAGGAUCUGCAUCAUGGUCUGGGCAUUGGCAAUGGCAUGUUGUCCGCCUUCCAGCCACCACAGCCACAGUUGGCAAAGCAACAGCAGCAGCAAAUAUAUGCAAAUGUGCCACAGCAACAGCAACAUCAACAACAGCAGCAGCAGCAACUACAAAGACCAUUGCCAGCAGCGCAUGCUCUAUCACAAUACCAUUAUCAGCAGCUGGACACGGAUUAUCGCAAGUCCAUGUCGGAUCUGAAUGAAUUCUCGAAGCGUCUGAUGCUGCCAGCGCCUCCACCAACGCCGCCAACAAAGCCAUUGCGUGCCAUGCACCUGACCACAAAUGGUCAUGGCCUGGAGCCAGAUUAUGCGGUCAGUACCCGUCAGCGCACCACCAGCAGCAGCGCCUAUGGUGGCUCUCUGGUUAAGAUCGCUGGUGCACCAAUGCCAGCAGCGCCAGCACCGCGAAUCACAGCAAAUCUGGCCGCCGCCUAUCAUCAUCAGUCAGCGCAGAAUCUGAGCAAUAUGUCGCGUAACACGCUCCUGGCACUGAGUGCCACGCCCAAACCCAAAUACACAGAUGGCUGGGUCCAAGUGCAGCAGCAACAGCAACAACAACAACAACAGCAGCAACAGCAUCAGCGCAAUCUAGCCAAUGAUGCCUCUUGGCUGCAGAAGCGCAAAUCCAUGCCGGACUACAAUGGAGCGCUCUACAACAAUGGCCAUGCCAAUCAUUGGCUGCUCCAGGAGGCGGAACAUCGUCGCCUGCUCGAACAGCAGCAGCUGCAGCUCAACAGACGUUCGAUGCCAACGGCUCCAUCCAAUGGCAAACCUCUGCCCGAUUCCAUCAUACAAACUCUCACAGAACGUGUGCAGAGCAAGGGCAUUGGCGAACGCAAGCGUUUCGAUGGCAACGGAAACUACAGUCAGCUGAAUAGUAAUGGCAUUGGUUUAAAACCGCUCAGCAACAACAACAACAGCAACAACAUCAUCAACAACAACAGCAGCAACAGCACUAGCAACAACACUAACACAAACACUGCCAGCAAUCAGGAGAAGGUGCUCAGCGUUAGUGGCAAGAAGAAAUGCUCGCAUUGUGGUGACGAAUUAGGACGCGGAGCUGCCAUGAUAAUUGAAUCCUUGCUGCUGUUUUAUCACAUCAACUGCUUCAAGUGUUGCGUCUGCCACGUGCAACUCGGAGAUGGAUUGAAUGGCACCGAUGUUCGGGUGCGGAAUCAUAAGUUGCAUUGCCAGAACUGUUAUUCCAGCGACGAUGGCAUCAAGUUCAGCUGCGUUUAAGUCGAAGAAGACUCUGGAUUAUUACCAAUACUUACAUUUAUUGAAUAGUUGUUGAUGUUAACUUGUUGUUUGUGUUGCUACCUUCGAUUGUUGUUGUUGUACUAAUACAUAAUACAUAUACAUACAACAUAGCUACAUACAUGUGUUAAAUGUUAUACAAGAAAGCAAAGUCAAUAUCAAUAUGAAACAGUUUUCAGCUUAAUGUUAAUUAUCAUCGAAUAUAAUGCAACGUUCAAUUCGUAAUUUGCAAAUUGCAAAAUUCAAAUGAUAAAUGUUUUCGAUUCAGAUUUUAACUUUUUAUAUAUGUAAUAAUAUAUGUAUAUUUAUACACAUGCCUAUUUUAAAAGCCAAGCUCUCUCUCUUUAUCUGAUGUUUUUGCCAAGUCAAAGUCAAAUUCAAUAUAGAUAUACAUACAUAUAAGAUUUAAUGUGUGUUAAAACCAUAUAAGACGAUAAAUUUCUAUGAAUGUUGUUAAAUUUUUGGAAAUUGUAUAUUGCCUACGGACAUAUAUAUACAUAUAUAUAUAUAUAUAUAUAUAUAUAUAUAUAUCUUUGUUCGAGAAAUUUAUAUUGUAUAUUAAUUAUAAAACAUGCUGAAUUGUCUAUUAGCAGAAAAAAAUAUAAGCGGACACCAACACACACACACUAACAUAUUGUUUAUUCAAAAUUUGUGUAUUUAUUUGACGAAAUUUGUUGACUAACUUUAAAGACUUGUAACACGCCCAGCUCCUAUAUAUGUAUACAUCAUAUGAAACCUUCACGACGUACCCAAUGUACCUAAAAUUUUAUAGUACACAUACAAUUAUACACAAACACACACACACACACACACUAAUAUAUACAUAUCUGCAUAACGGAAGAAGCAGCGAUUUUAAUUCUAAUUGUCGUUAUUAUUUGUAUAACAUGAUAUAACAUUUGUAUUUAAUAUAUAUAUAUACAUAUAUGUAUUUUCUUAUUCUUAUUUAUUGUAAUUAGGCAUUAACGUUUCAAAUUUUAAAUUCAUUCAAUUUGAACAUUGUGAAAAUCAUUUGAAUACAAAUCUUAGCAUUAAUCGGUAUUUGAAUCAUUUAUUUUCUGUAUAAAGGCAGCUUGAAUUUCGUUUAGUUUUAAAUAAAGUACAUGCAUAUUUCAACAUAA